UACACAAACGGAAACGCGUCGAUGAAACAGGGUUUCUUUCUUAUUAUUCUAAACGGGAGUUGUUUGUUUAGCGGGGAAAGUUAUGUGGGUUCAAAUAUUUUCUUUACAAACAUAUCUUAAACUUAAAAACAGAUGAGUUUUAUUUCGCGGGCUACGACGAGAAGUUAGCAGCGACUCUUCCGGAGCUGGAUGUCUGUGAUCCUGGAAGGAUGCAUGUUUUUCAUAAAAACUCAUCCUACCUCUCAAACUUCAGGCUGGAAACUGGUGGAAACCUCGAACACGAGAGACAGAGUUUGGUUCAAGAGCAGAAGUUGUGCAAAACCCGAGCUCGCAAAUUUUCCCUGGAAACCAACCGUCGGAGAAAGGCUUUGGAUGAAAGACGGAAGCUGUGGGACGUUCAGGAGAAACGUCUGAGGGAGAACAUCCUGCAGCAACGCAAACAACAAGUACAGGAGGCAACCGAGCGCUUCCAACGGGCCCAUCUACCUCCUCAGAGAUACAGGCCAUCUCUCAGAAGAGACGCUCCAAAUAUUGAAGAUGCACUCGAUCAAAUCCAUGGCAACUUGAGUUCACACGGUCAGCAGUCCUCUCUGUCCAGCACCACAAAUAUUAGCAGAAGCAGCACUCCAUCACCUGCACCUCCCACAGCUCCUAAGUUCUCCCACGGCCAAGCGCUGUCUGCGGUGGAGGCUUACGUUAACCUGCUUCAGGAGCAGUGCGGGGUAGAAACGCUUCAGCAUCUGCAGGGCAGCCAUGACUCUGAUUGUUGUAUUUCUGAAAGCCUUUCGAGUAAGGACAGCUUGGAGGACGAGGACUCAAACCAAAACCCAUCAAGUCUGCAUCCCUGCAGCUCCUUGUUUUUACUCGACUCCAAGAAGGCCCAUUCACAGCAGAAGCAACGUGAUUUGUGUCCAACAUCAUUUUCUUUCUCAGCAAUGAUGCUACUUGAUGAAAAUCUAACCCAGCUUAGAAAACUGCACGAACCCAAACGAGCAAAACAGGAGGACUCUGAUUGGGCUAAUAAUGGCACGGUUGUUUCUGAGGCUUUGUGGGAUUUCACUUCCAUGGAGAAAACACCUAAAACAGAGAAGUGUCCCACACUACAUAACACUGACUUGGUAGCUCCUUGUAAACUUCCUAAAGAGGAUCAAGAUUACUAUGAAGUAAAAUUCUUACAAAAUAAUCGUGACAGCAACCUCGUGACAAACAGAGUGGUUCUUGGCAACCCUGAUGAGUCUCCAUAUUCCAAACCAGAGGCUCCAUUAAAUCUCAGAGAACAGAGGAUCCUCCAUGACGGCCAAUUAAAAUAUCUAUCCUCUUCAGAUACUCCUUUCCCUUCCAAAAAUAGCAGCAGCAAAGGCAUUCAUUUUGAGAAUCCCCCCAAAAAUAACGCGGACGAUGAUGUCACUAACAACAGAGUCCUUUUGCCCACAGAAAAAGAAAACUACGUGUCAUCUCGGAAAAUGCCCUGUGCUUCCAUAAAUGACCUCAACAAGGUUUCAAACUCAGAAUGUAAAACUGAGAAGGCCGUGAAUGCAGAAUCCCUGUCGAACACAAGCUGGUCUAUGGUUCCAUCAGAAAGGCACGCGUCUCCUGAGGAGGCCAAAACAAACGUACCUGUUUCAGCGGCCACACCUCCGUCAGUGUGUAAAGUCAAAGUCAUUAAAGGAAUUCUUAAAAAACAGUCCAAAUCCAUGCCAAGAGACACUUCCUGUACACGUGGCUCAGACUAUAUGAGUUUUGCCAAACAUGUAGCAUUAGCAUUAAGAGAUAGUGUUGAAUUAACAAGAGCAAAAAACAAAGAUGUGCAUGUCAGCAGCACUGUAAGAAAGAAGCUGCGUUGGUUUGACGAGGUCCGGUUAGGAGAGGACCACCAGCCGAGCCUCACUGAAGGGUUGAGGUCUCCCAAGCCGGGACCCAACAUGACCCCUGCAUCCUCCACUGGCUAUCACUUUACAAAAGAAGCCUGGGCAGAUGUUGGGGUUCAGGUCAACUUGCCCCAGGAACAAGCCGACGGGGUCGAGGUGGCGCACAGCAGCGCCAAGAACAGCGGCGGCCCCAGAGUCCCUCAGAGAGCCCGCUCUUCCAGAGGAGGGGGUCCUGUUUUCCUACGGACAAGAAGGGGCACUGUUAUACGACCUCAAUCUGCCACUGAGGUGAGUCAGAUUGCCAAAACUCGGGGGGGAAUCAUGCCCCGCCCUCCUCCUCGGACAGAGAAAACGCUGCACGUCGUCAGGACUCCAUCUGGCCUGAACCCUGCCGGCUUCAAGCAUAAACAGGCCCUGGUUAUGGAGGAGGCCCUGCCCAAGAACAACUCGGGGAGGAUUUUCUCACCUAAGGCACAUGAUGUCAUCACAACAGAUAGUACUGUUGUGUACACAACUCUGCCACACUGCUUCCUGUCAGAGGGCAACACCAAAGGCGUGCCCAUUUCAGGUCAUCAGGAGUUUCAUCACAACAGUGGAAGAUUGUCGGUGUUCAGAGAAAAAGGCCUUUGUUUGGACGUCACUCCCACAGAUGAAGAGAUUUCACAGCUCUGGCAUGGUGUCCGCAGUGCCCUGAACACAAAGGAUGACAAAACCACACUUAAAAGGCAAGCCUUGGAGGGCAGGCAGGCGUCCCAGAAAGCCAGCUCUGGCCAGGGCAGACAGCCUCCUGGCUCAGCCAACAGAAGACUUCUUCAGACCUCUCAGCCUGCAAAGCAGAUCACUGAGCUACUCCGAGCAUGUCCAAGUACUCACUACACUAACUUAAAUGAAGGUUUUGAGACCACAGCCCAGUCAGCGCUUGAAGGCCUGCUGAAGGGGAGUCAGGCUGGGGGUGCCAUGGAGGUCCCUCAAACACCGGGGCCUGGAAGAGAGCAGCGUCAGGAGAUCACCACCAUUUCUUUGGAGGAGAAGAAAAUCCUUCUGUCUCUAGAGAAACUGAACCAGCAGCUGUCCUAUUUUCAGGAACACAGGGGCCAUGAUGGCGCGCGUGGUCUCACAAUUAUUGACGCACCUUUUACAAAAGAAAUGAAAGGCACAAACUACUCCAAGCACCGCCCUGUCCUGUACCACAAGAAAGUCUGACUUUUCCUCUGGUCAGAGCAAAAACAACACUUUAUCUCAAAAAAUAUAUCAAUUUAUUUAUUUUUAUUUUUCAUAAAACCAUGUUGGAAGUUUUAUGAAGCUACUUAUAACUAAGGCACUCAGACUGUUAAUGCUUGUGAAAAACAUUUAAAAUAAACCUGUACGCACUUUAAGUAUAUACGACGGAGCAUACAGAAAUUGUUUCAUUUUGUAAAUUAAAAACAGAAUUUAAUGAAAACUAGUAUCUUGUCAUUACAUUGACAGCAAAUUAAAUAAAAUUUGUCAAGACAUUGUUA